GGGAUUACUAACCUUGCAGCAAACUACCACCAUUGGCCUUUUGGCACGCAAUGUGCUGUGUCUCUGGACAUGGGUGGACGGUGGUACGAGCCCUGCGGUUCGGACACGUUUGGCGUUCCUCCCGAAGACUACAAACUCGGCAAGAAGUGCGGCUACAGCUGCAUGAAACAGAAGGUGCAAAAAGAUACCCAGAUCACCGAGAUUGCCAGGGCCUGCAAGCGACCCGAUUUCAGCAAGUCCUUCUACACGGACAGCAAGUUUGAAGCGCUCGCUACAUACAACGUGCAGCGUCAAUUGGUCUUCACAUAUGAUGGACCCCUCAAUCUUCGUAAAAAGCUAUGCAAAGCCAAGGCGAACGCGACGAACGUGUUAUACACCUUUGCCGCUGUGAACAUCGACAUGGAGGACGGGAACGGCAGCUGCGGCUUCGGAGCCUUUCCUCGGCUCUACAUGCUCAAGAACCUGGCCGAGUUUUUCGCCUUCAAUUACUCAUCUCCUGGCAAAGAGUCAGACUGCAUGAGGGUCAGCUAUAAGAAGCGUGGAUAAUUCACAUCUCUACGCAUAAAUUCAUAAGACAAUUAAUUUCGUAAGGAAACAAUAAAGUUGCAUUUCUC